AUGCCACCUGAAUGCUCGGCUUGUUUUGCGGCUGCUCCGACUGCUGCACCUUUGGGACUGCCACCUGCUGGGGCACUCAACCUGGGAGCUGGCUUGGCCGGCUUGAGUCUGCCUGGUGGCGCGCCCCCUCCGCUUGCCGCCGGUGCCCUUGGCCUAGCUCAACCAGCAUUGCCUGGAUUGGCUGGCCUUGAUACAAGUGCAGCAGCUCACGCUGCUGCUCUUCAAGGAACAGAUUUGAAUGAGUAUUAUGCCCGCUGGUGGUCCCAAUACGGAGCAGUUGCUGCGAAAGGAGGUGCGGAAGAUGCCAAUGCAGCAGGUGCGCAGGAGGCACAACCAAAGGCAGCAGCAUUCGACAAGGACGCUCUGAAGAAGCUUGCAGAGCAGGCUGCGAAGAAUGCUGAAGUGGAGGAGAAGGAAGAAGAAGAAAGAGCUGCGAGAGAAAAGGCGGCUCAGGAGGCGGCCGCCGUGCAAGCUGUGGUAGCGCAACAACAGGCUGCACAAGCGCAGCAGGAAGCGCAGGCAGCGCAAGCAGCGCAGGCACAGGCCGCACAGGCUGCGCAAGCAGCUCAAGCAGCACAAGCAGCCCAGGCGGCCAAAGCAGCCCAGGCGGCUCAGGUCCAGGCACAAGCCAAAGCGCAAGCUGUCCCAGCUGUCCCCGCUCCUGUUCUCCCAGCGCCAGUUGCACCACCUCCUCCGUCACCGCAGAUCCCCCAAAUUGUCCCACCCCCACAAGCUCCAAUGCCCGGAAUCCUUCCAAGCGCUCCAGGCGCUCCUGUAGUUCCACCUCCCCCACCAGGACAGCCAAGCCCUCCAGCUUAUGAUUUGGAGGCCCUCAAGCGCCUUGCUGGUGGUUUGCCAGGUGCACCUCCAGUGCCUUUGCCAGAUUCCAGGGCAGUACCCAAAUCUAUGGGAUUCUCUGGCUUCACGCUGCAGACGAAUGCGCCUGCUCAAAGAGACAAUGACUCAGUUCAGAAAAUGCUGGCACGAUUGCAGGGCAAUGUCCAAGGGGCCAAGCAGGCACUCUCUGCGACUGGAUCGGCACCUGUUCCACUUCCGUUUGUCCAGCACACCUCCCACAAGCUUUCCGGCAAUUCCGGACUUGCAGAGGCGGAAUGGGAGCCUUUGCAAGAAAAUGUCAAGGCAGCAACAAGCAGGUCCGAACUUGAGGAAGUUUCACGGGACUUUUUGAAGAAGUUUGCCUUCUUGAGUGUUGAGCAGAUUGCAGAGAUUCUCCGGCUUAUGGAAGUCAAGGCGGCAUCGUAUCCGAAGGAUUUCUAUAGUGAGCUGGGAAGCAUGCUCGGGCAUAAGCUGAAAUCAGCCACCAGUCCACAACUGGCACUUACGAUGAGCUCCUUCCUGUACUGGUCAGCGGAGGGCAGGCAACGUUUCAUCGAUUGCAGCCGUGACUUCUUAUCUGUUGCAACUUCGGAGGUGCCCACAAGGCUGAUGGAGUUGGCACCCCACGAGCUGAACUGCUGCUUGGCUGGCGUGGUCUCACUGGGCUGCUCUGAUCACAAGUUCUUUGUGUCAGUCGGAAAGUCUGCCCAGGCCAGGCACAAAACCUUUGGGCCUAAAGAGCUUGCUUCGCUUCUGACGAUUCUGUCCGAAGUGCGUCUGGUACACGUCGAUCUCUUCACCUCCGCAGCCCAAGCGAUUGCCCCUCGGGUUCGUGAGCUCCGCCCUGCAGAGCUCAUGCGCUGCACUAGGGCCUUGUCUCGUUGUGGAGUAAAGAAUGAAGCGUUUUGCCAAGCUGUUGGGGAUGAUAUUUGUGGCAGAUGGUCUAAACAAGCUGGCUUGCGCUGUGAAGACCUGGUGGAACUAUGCUGGUGCUUCGCUGUUCUUGAGGCCUACCAUCACGACUUGUUGCAGCUCAUGUUUCAGGUGCUCCGCGAAACGCAGAAGGUCUCGGCGGAUGCCCUGUGCCAGCUCUAUGAGCUUCAUUUGUCAUUGGAGGCCGAGCACAAAGCCCGAUAUGCCGCUCUUCGAAUAGACGACAAGGCUGUCAGUUCACUUCUUGAGCACUAUAAGGAAAAUCGGCGCGAGUGCAGAAGAUGUUCUGAGAAAGUGCGAAGUGAUAUUACGGCUGCAGUCAAAGGCCUCCUAGAGGGUCAUGUUCAGUCAAACCAUCGCACCAGCGUUGGCUUGCUUUCCGAUGUGGCGGCAAUGAGAAAGCGCUCAUCUACUGAUGGCUACGUGCAUAUUGACAUUGAUGGAGCUCUGUCUCUAAUCCGCCCAAUCGACCAGGAUGAGACGGCAGGCCCACUGGUUGACGGUGCUGUGGCGUUCAGGCGACGGAUCUUGCAAAAGAACGGCCUGCGCGUGGCCACUGUCAGGGAAAGUGAUUGGAAGAACUUAGAGGAUCAGAAGGAGAAGCGGCGGCACCUGCGAUCACUCUUAUCAGCUCUGGGUGAUGUGCUGGAAUGA